UUUAAAGUAACCAACCAGAAAGAAGCUUUGUCUGUUGGCGUUUACUCCAAUCCAACUCCUUAUUUUGCUCUCAAAGCAUUAAAUGGUGCUUUGCCAAUGAAUUAUAUUUCUGUUUUUGGGGGUGUAUUUUUACGGUCUCUCCUAUGCUCAUGUACCACAGAGGAAAAUCAUGAGAACACGCUCAAAUUCACCUCCAAUUCAUGUGCACAUCAAUGACGCCGUGCCAGUACACGUGCACCUGGAAAGCCAGAGGGGUCCUGGCAGGUCACCUCAGGGGAAGACUGCAGUCAACAAAGCAGACCUUCGUCCCACGGCUAAAGUCAAAACUCGAGGUCUGGGGAUCACGCCAGGAAAGACCUCCAUACGUGAUGCUACAUACAAGUGGGAGGGGCCGACACACAACCUUGAGAUCACACCACCGAAACCAGAACCUGAAAGCUCGCAGUCUGCACUUCAGUUAGCUGACCUUGCAUCAGAGGAGGAAGAAGGCCUACAUGGACAAAUCAGCCAGUACACGAGGAAGAUUGACAACUUAUUGACUGAAGUCAGCUCGCUGAAAAAUGAGGUAGAAAUGCAAAAGAAGGAACGGCUGCUAGAGCGUCAGUCGAAGCAGCUGAGCGUGUCCCAGCGGGUGAUCGCUGAGCAGGAAGAGGAGCUGGCUGAGGUGACCAAAGAGUUGGAGGAGACGGAGAAGGAAAACACCAGGUUACGGCUUUCCAUGGAGAAGAUGCUGGAGGAGAAUGACUGUAACAGGCAAAUUGACGGUGUGCAUCAGGACAAAGAUGCUUUACUCAGGAUGCUGAUGGAGGCUGAGGUGAAUGGAGCAGCAGCUGCAAAGCAAGCCUCCGCCCUGCGAGAGUCCAUUUUCAAUCUGUGCGCUCCUGGUAGCAGUAAGCCAUUUGGCUCCGAGUCUUCAGCCUUGGCCUGUCAGAACGAGCUGCUGCUGCAGAAACUGGAGACAUUUGAGGUCACAAACCGAACACUGCGGAAGCUUCUCAGAGAGCAGCAUGAUUCUCAGCAGAUGGAGUCACUCCGACUGUCAAGGAAGGACGAAUUACUCAAGAAACUGGCAGACACAGAAGCUGAAAAUGCCCAUCUUGUUGUUAAACUUCAAGAGAAAGACCGAGAGGUUAAUCGACUUGCCAAACUCUUAGAUAAUGAAAAGGACAAUGCCAGGAGCACAGCUGUUUUUUCAAAGAGCCUGGAGUCAACACGAGCUCAUUUACAAGGACAGCUUCGGAGCAAAGAUGCUGAGAACAGUCGCCUCACUGUGCAGAUAAAGAACCUGGAAAAGGCAGCCAAUCGGCAGAAGGUGGAGAUAAAACAUCUGACAGAGCAGCUGGUGACACUAAAGCAGCAGGCAGGCGCAGACCGAGAGGCUCUGAAACGAGCCGCACGGGCCCAAAAGCAGCGAGCUGAGCGCAGCGAGGACACUGCAGGCCAGCUCAGCAUCCAGCUGCUGGACAUGGAGAAGCAGAUAGCAGAGGCACUGUCAGCAGCUGAGACAUGGCAGAGUCAACAUGCGCGAGAAGCAAAAGACAAGAGUAAACUGGAUAUUGAAUUGUCGCUAUUGAACAGCCGUAUAGCAGAGCUGACUGGGCAGCUUCAUACUACUAAGGAUAAAGGCAGAGCAGAGAAAGAAGCGCUGCUGGAUCGUCUCCAUGAAAUCACUGCAGAGAGUACUGCUGCUAAACUGGAGAACCAAUCCCUCAAGGCUACCGCGUCUGCAGUGGAGGAGAAGCUGUCCGUGUCUCAGUCAGAGCUUCAACAGGUCAAAGUUUCCAUCAGACAGUAUGAGGGCCUCCUAGACAGCUAUAAGAUACAGUUGGAGAAAACCCAGGCUGAGGCAGAUGAGUACUGUGCUCGGCUGGCUCAAGCAGAGCAGAAGGCUCAGGCGGUGCAGGGGGAGCUGGAGAAGGAGAUCGAUGAAGUGCGCAGGGAGCUUCUGGGACGGCUGGCAGAGUUGGAGCCUCUUCCUGAAGCCCUACAACGCUCCCAGCUACAGCUGCAGGAAGCUCAGGAUAGGGAGUGCAGCCAGGAGAAACACAGCUUGGAGCUCAGCACAGCACUGACUGAUCUCCGGAUGAAGGUGGAGACCCAAGGCAGCCAGAUGGAGCUUCUUAGACAGAAGAAAAAGGUGCUGCUGGAGGAGAACAGACAGCUUCAGCAGCGAGUAGAAAGUUUGGAAAGAAAGUUAAAGGAGGCCGGCAGUCAGAAUAGCGACCUGCUAGCAGUCAUUGCCAAACGGGAAGACACCGUCCACAGCAAUGAGCUCCGUCUAAAAGAAAAAACAAGAGAAUGCUCACUAUUGAGCCAUCGGCUGGAGGAGGCUCUGGAUGAUGCUCGCCAACAAAUGUCAGAGACCAAAGAACGUGUUGUCAACAAACAACGAUCCACCCAGUCCAAAAUACUGGACCUAGAAAACCAACUCAGCAGGACCACUGCAGAAAUCAACCAAUUGAGACGGAGCAAAGAGCAGAUGGAGUGGCGGUACCAGAGCCAGCAGCAGGAUUUGAAGGAUCGCCUGGAGCAGUCAGACAGCACUAAUCGAAGCCUGCAAAACUAUGUGCAGUUCCUCAAAGGAUCCUAUGCUAGUGUGUUUGGAGAUUUUUCCCUCAGCAGCUCUCUCCAAGCCUCCUCACCCAGCUGAUUGUGUAUAUUCCAGAACAGUUACAUGACUUAAGCCUGUUACUAGAUUUGGUUGGCAGAGCUGGAGGCUGUGAUGGUACCACAAUUUAAAUAGCUCAGCUGUAAUAAAGUUUGCUACCAUAGAGCUCACACUUGAUUUUGUCCCUAUCAGUAAACAUGAUCAUUUUUGUUGUAGUCAGACUUCAUGGCAGAUCAUGGCAGUCCACGGUGUCUGACUCCCCUAUGGAGCCUUAAGUGACCUUAAGAGCUUGUAAAAGGAAGACAACUGCAUUUAUUUAGGUUUGUAAAGACAUUUUUAAAGAAAUGGUAGAGAGCCACAGGUAUUUAACCCAACCUCUGGUUAUGAGGGUAUACUUAGAAGAAGCGCAGGUUUUGGUAGUGGUUGGCUCCUGUCACGAAAGGCUACGUAGGCUUUCAUAACAGGUAGUUGUGAAAAUAUAUUAAAAGACUACUAACAAAAAAAAAGAUGUAACCAAAAAAGAGGAGAAGCACUAACGCAAACAACUUUAAAAGUGUAAUUCUGUGAAAGUGAUUCUCCCAGAUAUACACCUUUACAAAAGCCAGUGCUUGCAUGAGAUGUUUCACCAGUUUAAUAUUGCCUUCAGAAAGAGAUUUCGCAAGGUGCUGGUGAUGGGGCUUUGAGAGGUCCAGUUUGACUAAUGUGUGCACUGGGGAAGAUGAGUGUUGCCCUGGGUUGCAGUCGACAUGGGUCCCGGGUCCACUCUUCCUCGCCCAGCAGCAGGGUGUGGGAAAUGGGGGUGCUAACUGAACCAGCUUUCCUGGCUCUCUCCUUCUGGGGGUAGUCCUCUACAUCCAGGUCUUAAUCAUCCCUAGCCUUUUCCUCCCUCGCUUUCUUCUGACAACACAUCAAUCAUACACAGAGGUGUGGGUGGGGUGGGGUGGGGAAUGGUGUGGGAAAUGAGGGGGAUCACUGUUGGCCAUAUAUCACAACAGAGCUAGUGUUUAUCACCAGAAUUAACAGUCACAGUUUUGUACUGUUGCUUAGUUUUUUGUAUGUAUGUAUGCCGAAACCAAGUCAUGCAUUUCUGAUCCAGUAAGUACUUAAAUGUGUCUUUCCUUCUGUUUGUAUGGAGCUGAAAACAGUGGUGUUAAUAUUUUCCUUUGGCUGGUA